GUACGAGCUCCGCUGAAGUCCCUCUAUCACUAUCAAUGAAGAUUUGCAUGCUGGACCUAAAAAAAAGCGGAAUUGGUGAAGGAUGAGAAGGAAUUACUUUGGACAUUCUGAAUGAUUCUGCGGACUUUUUAUGGGCUUUUCCUUGGCAGCGAUGUGCUUUUCUAACUUUUGAUGCGCAUCUGUAUGUUUCAGUGGUGUGGGGAGACUUGAAACUUGCGUUUGAAUGAGGAACACUUUUCUCCUGUGUAUUUCGAGAAGUUUUUAAAGUUGGAGCUAUAGUUCACCACUGCUAUCAGCCUCAGAGGAUAUAUAUGAUGCGGUGGGUGCAGUAUUGGGGGACACUGGCUGUGCUGUGCGGGCUGCUGUGCUCUGCUGUCAAUGGAUGCCCGCAUAAGUGCAGUUGUUCGGGCUCUCAUGUGGAUUGCCAGGGUCAAGGCUUCAGGACGGUGCCCAGGGGAAUCCCGAGGAAUGCCGAGAGGCUGGAUCUAGACAGGAAUAACAUCACCCGGAUCACCAAAGUGGACUUCUCUGGCCUCAAGAACCUACGAGUGCUACAUCUGGAGAACAAUCAAAUAAGUGUGAUCGAAAGAGGAGCAUUUCUGGAACUCCGACAGCUUGAGAGAAUCCGCUUGAACCGGAACCGGCUGCAGGUCCUGCCGGAGCUGCUGUUCCAAUCCACACCCAAGUUGGGCCGCCUGGACCUGAGCGAGAAUCAGAUUCAGGCUAUUCCUCGUAAGGCUUUCCGAGGGAUCACCUCCGUCAAGAACCUGCAACUGGACAGCAACCACAUCAGCUGCAUCGAAGAUGGAGCCUUCCGAGCCCUGCGCGAUCUGGAGAUACUCACUCUCAACAACAACAACAUCACCCUCAUCCCACUGUCAAGCUUCAACCACAUGCCCAAGCUGCGGACACUGCGCCUGCACUCCAACAGCCUGCACUGCGACUGCCACCUGUCCUGGCUGUCUGAUUGGCUGCGGCAGAGAAGGGGGCUGGCCCCUUUCACACAGUGCAUGGCCCCCGCCCAUAUGAGAGGUCUCAAUGUCCCUGAUGUUCAAAAGAGAGAAUUCGUGUGCACAGGUCCUACUCAGACAGAGCCACGGUCAUGUGCUCCCCAGGCGCCCGUCUGCCCUGCCGCCUGCACCUGCAACAACAACAUCGUAGACUGCCGUAGAAAAGGCCUGACGGAGAUUCCUGCCAACCUGCCUGAAGGAAUUGUGGAAAUCCGUCUGGAGCAGAACAUGAUCAAGAGCAUCCCAAAAGGAGCGCUCUCCCCGUACAAGAAACUGAAGAGAAUAGACCUGAGCAAGAAUCAGAUAUCCGAGAUUGCGGAAGAUGCGUUUAGUGGCCUGCGCUCGCUCAAUUCACUGGUCCUGUAUGGAAAUCAAAUCACAGAGAUCCCAAAGGGACUGUUUGAUGGCCUGGUCUCCCUCCAACUGCUACUGCUGAACGCCAACAAGAUCAACUGUCUUCGUGUGAAUACUUUCAAAGACCUGCAGAAACUCAACCUGCUGUCCCUCUAUGACAACAAGCUUCAGACCAUCAGCAAAGGCCUGUUCGCCCCUCUGCGCGCCAUCAAAACACUACACCUCGCUCAGAAUCCCUUCAUGUGUGACUGUCAUCUGAAGUGGCUGGCCGACUACCUGUUUGACAAUCCAAUUGAGACCACCGGGGCUCGAUGCAGCCACCCCCGCCGGCUCGCCAACAAACGCAUCAGCCAGGUCAAGGGCAAGAAGUUCCGCUGCACAGGUGGUGAGGACUACCGCAGUCGUCUCAGCGGCGAGUGUUUCCAGGACCUGGUUUGUCCCGAGCGUUGUCGGUGUGAAGGAACGGUGGUGGACUGCUCGAACCUCAAACUCACCAAAAUACCCCCUCACCUGCCCGAGCACACCACUGACCUACGGCUGAACGACAAUGAAAUCACCAUCUUAGAGGCGACAGGAGCCUUCAAGAAGCUGCCAAACCUGCGCAAGAUAAACUUGAGUAAUAAUAAACUCCGGGACAUCCGUGAGGGGGCGUUUGAUGGGGCCGGAGGUGUUUCGGAGUUGCUGUUGACCGGAAACAAGCUGCAGUCAGUCAGUGGAAGGAUGUUCAAGGGUUUGAGCGGCCUCAAAACACUGACGCUGAGGAAUAAUCAGAUCAGCUGUGUGGAUAACGCCACCUUCACUGGCCUGAGCUCCGUGCGUCUGCUUUCCCUGUACGAUAACCGGAUCUCCACCAUCGCCCCUGGAGCUUUCAACACCCUGCAUUCCCUCUCCACCAUUAACCUGCUGUCUAAUCCCUACGUGUGUGACUGUCACUUAGCCUGGCUGGGACUGUGGCUUAAGAAGACCAGGGUGGUUAGUGGCAAUCCACGCUGCCAUAAACCUGCCUUCCUAAAGGAGAUCCCUAUACAGGAUGUGGCCAUGCCUGAUUUCUCCUGUGACGGUAUAGAAGAGAAUGUCUGUCUGCCGUCGGCCCCUCGCUGUCCGGAUUCCUGCACAUGCUCGGACACAGUAGUGCGCUGUAGUAACCGAGGGCUGCGUUCCCUGCCUAAGGGCAUCCCUAAAGAUACAACUGAACUAUACUUGGAAGGAAACCUUCUCACAUCCGUGCCUAAAGAGCUUCCUAAUCUGAAACAACUGACACUGCUAGACCUCAGUAAUAACAGCAUUAGUCUCCUUGCCCCUUUCACCUUCAGCAACAUGACACAGCUCGCAACCCUGAUCUUGAGCUAUAAUCAAAUUCGCUGUGUCCCGGUUCAUUCAUUCGAUGGCUUGCGUUCUCUCCGCUUGCUAACCCUCCACGGAAAUGACCUUUCAACUAUUCCGGAGGGAGCCUUCAGCCACUUGACAUCUCUGUCUCAUCUGGCUCUUGGAGCGAACCCCCUAUACUGUGACUGCGAGCUGCACUGGUUGUCUCAGUGGGUGAAGGCUGGGUUUAAAGAGCCUGGAAUCGCUCGCUGCACUGGACCACCUGACAUGGCGGACCGACUGCUGCUUACCACCCCCCUCAAUCGCUUCCAGUGCAAGGGUCCAGCAGAUUUGAAUCUGAUGUCCAAGUGCGCCCCCUGUCUGGCGGCUCCCUGUCAGAACAACGGCACAUGUGUGAGUGAUGCCACAGGCUCCUACCACUGCACCUGCCCUUUUGGCUACAAGGGUCGUAACUGUGAGAUUCCCAUUAACGCCUGCAUCAGCCUGCCGUGUAUCAAUGGAGGCACGUGCCACCUCACACCUGGAUUGGACGGGCAGUACAGCUGUGUGUGUCCACCUGGGUAUGAGGGCCAGCAGUGUGAGCUGAAUCCCGAUGACUGUGAAGACAACGACUGUGAGAAUAACUCCACCUGUGUGGACGGCAUCAACAACUACACCUGUGUCUGCCCUCCUAACUACAAAGGUGAUCUGUGUGAGGAGGUGGUUGACCCCUGUCUGCCUGGGUUUGACCUCUGCCAACAUGACUCCAAGUGUGUUCCUCUCAGUAAGGGCUACAGGUGCGAAUGUUUGCCAGGUUAUGUUGGCCAGCAGUGUGAGCAGGAUUACAAUGACUGUCUGGAGAACAAAUGCCAGCAUGGGGCAGAGUGUGUCGACGCCAUCAACGGAUACACAUGUGUGUGUAGGGAGGGGUUCAGUGGGUUGUUCUGUGAGAAUCAUCCACCAAUGGUUUUGCUCCAAAAGACGAGUCCAUGUGAUCAAUCUGAGUGUCAAAACGGAGCCCAGUGUCUGGUCGUGGAGGGAGAGCCCGUGUGCCGUUGUCUCCCUGGCUUCUUCGGCAUCAAGUGCCAUAAAAUGGUCACAGUCCACUUCCUCGGCAAAGACACCUACGUAGAGCUCUCCGGCGCCAAGUUCCGACCACCCAUGCACAUAUCCCUCCAGGUGGCCACAGAUAAGGACAAUGGCAUUCUGUUGUACAAAGAGGACCAUGACCCACUCGCCCUAGAGCUGUACCAGGGACACAUUCGUUUGAUCUAUGAUGUUGCCAAGUACCCCCCAACCACAGUGUACAGCGUGGAGUCUGUGAACGAUGGUCUUUUCCACAUGGUGGAGGUGCUGAUCCAGAAUCAGACCCUAAGUUUGGUGGUGGAUAAAGGGGCACCAAAAAGCCUGGGCAAACUGCCCCGCCCCCCUGCUGUGGACCACAACACACAACUCUAUAUAGGCGGGGUUCCCUCUCUGAUUGACACGGCAGGCCUACGACCGGGUCCAGACCGUCCAUUCCAGUCCUUCAACGGCUGUAUUCAUGACGUACGGCUCAAUGGGGAACCCCAAGACCUCGGCGGUGGACGGGCAGGGGUUGAUGGCGUCCUGCCGGGCUGUCACUCCUGCGGCGUUUGUGUUCAAGGGGCCUGCAGACAGAGAGGAGAGGCAGGGGUGACCUGCGAGUGUCCCGCCGGCCACAACGGCCCACUGUGUGAACAGAUGACCUCCCAGAGCCCCUGUCAGAGCAGCAGGUGUGUGAAUGGUGUGUGUGUGCCUAAAGGCUCCUCAUACAGCUGCUCAUGUGCAGAUGGAUACUCUGGCCAGUUCUGUGACAGACGAGAGGAGUCCGCCGCCUGUAAGGGGCAGCACUGUGUGCACGGAGAGUGCAGAGCGACGGAGAGCGGAGAGCCGGUUUGCCACUGUCAGCCUGAGUACAGCGGGCCGACCUGUGAAACAGAGGUGACGUGCCAAGGAGAGAUGGUUCGCGAGCUCCUUAAGCGUCACAUGGGUCAUAAAAGCUGCACAUCCACCAGUAAAAUCCCCCGGGUGGAGUGUCCUCACGCCUGCCACUCGGGCCUGUGCUGCGCCCCCACCAAGAGCCGGAGACGGAAGGUCAGCUUCAAGUGCUCCGAUGGAUCGUCCUUUUCCGAAGAGAUCGAGACCACCGUCGAGUGCGGCUGCACAAAGUGCCUAUUGUAAUAGUAGAGCGGAAGAUGGAGCGGAAAAGAAAAUAUAUUGUAAAAUAAACAAAACACAAAUAGAACUUAUUUUUAUUAAGGGAUGUUUUUUGUUUUUUUUUUUUAAAGAAAGAGACUGUUUUUAUGAUGUUGCUUAUAUGUGUCAGAUGAAAAGUAAUUUUUGUAUCGUCAAACAAAAAAAAAAAACACACACAGAUUAACAUUCCUGAAAAUAUAUGAAUUAUAUAAAUAUGUAUAAAUCUAUAUAAAUGUACAACCUAACCUUAAGAAUUAAUUUGGUCUGUGUAUUGCAUGUCUAUUGUGAAGUGUGAGCGCAGAGACUUUUUGCUGGAGAAGCAGGUGGGCUGAAAUGAGCCAAUCAGGAGAGGACUGUCUAGACUCUCUAUCACAGGAAGUGGUGAGCCAACUUCCUGUGCUCUGGUGGCACAGGAAAAAGAAAAAAGGAACUGCUUCCAAACGGACCUCAGAGAACUCGCCUGCAGAUUUCAAGGACAGAGCUUCCAGUGGGAUGGGCUGAUAUUUUGUACUUUGGGUGUUUUUUUGUUUUUUUUGCUUCGGUCCAUCAGAGAGAGACGUGGAAAGCUCAUCGGUGUGGCUCUGGUUUACAAGAUGCAACUCAUCUGAGUGAAUUGUUUGCAUGACUGCAUGGAAAAGUUAAAUGUGAACUUGUGACAUGCUGCGGUCAUGCAGUAAAGCUAUUGUAGUAACUAUGAUAGUUACCUGCUCUAAAUCUGUUUUACUUGUACAGUUAAACUCCACAUGCAUUCCCAUUGUCACAGCAUCGGCAGGGGAUACAGGUUACUGCAUCUCUGGUGCAAAGCACUUCAUACUGACGUAGUAUUCCGUCAUAACCGUCCUUAACUAAAAUAUUAAAUGCGAAUAUAUUACACCCAUUACUACUGUAUUGUUUUAUGUGUACCAUUUUUGUUUGUUAAUUUCUUAGUCAGAGAGAGCGAGGUCUAUAGAUUUUCCAAAGGAAAAGCUAAGCAGUGUUAAUGAAUUUUCAGCCUCGUUCUUCACCCCCCGUUCGCCACAUGCUGUUGAAUUAAGGUAGCAGAUUUAGGGAUCUCCAGUGAACAAUGUCACUGAGCUUGUGGAAGAAGUGUCAUGUUAGCACCACUAAUCAGAAGACUGGUGGUUAUACGGUGCAUUUUCUAAUGUUUUGUUAAAUAUGAAUUAGAGAGUGGUGAUUAACUUACAGUGAAUGUUGAAUUAAACUUGUAAUGAAAUACAG